AAAUAUCUGCUGGAGAAGACAGCAAGAAAAAAGAGAAUCAAAAUAUCAAACAAACGCAUACACCACCUAAAUAAAGAGAUAAAUGGCAAUCUCAGCUUCUUCUUCCCUUUUCAUUCAUUCUUCAAUUCCAAGAGCUUAUUCUUCCCAAUCUUCUGUCUCUUCUUCCAAGUCCAUCUUCUUCAACGAUGGUAGAAGAGGUUUUCUCAAUCACAAGAAGAACCACGCCAUUGUCUUGAGCAGAUGCCGCAGAGCUCAAAAGGGUCUGAGCAUCCGCUGCUUGUUCGGGCUUGGUGUGCCCGAGCUCGUCGUCAUCGCCGGCGUCGCCGCCCUUGUCUUUGGUCCCAAGAAUUUGCCUGAUGUCGGGCGCAGCAUCGGAAAGACUAUCAAGAGCUUCCAGCAGGCAGCCAAGGAGUUUGAGACGGAGUUGAAAAAAGAACCCGAAGAUACAGCUGAAUCCCCUGUGGGGAUACCAGCUGCCACGAGCGAAGAUGAGAAGCAAGAAGUGGAAGUCUCGGGCAAGAAAGAGAGCUAGGAGAUCCCGGGGCCUGAUUCUUCGAUUCUAGCAUCUGAUCACUUGGAAAUGUGAACUCAUUCACUUCUCGAGUUUCUUUUGUAUCCAUAAGAUUUGGAAGGAUGAAUUUCUUCUUUCCUCAUUGAGAUAUGUAACACACAUAUGACUAAAUGAGGAUAUGAUAUGGUAGAGUGGUGGAACCGGAUUGAUUC